GGAUAUUAUUGCGUGCCCUGAACCACUACCGUGGAGAAAUCUUCGCAUAUCCAAUGUUUAUUCAAAAGGACAUGGCAGAGAGGGCAAAUGUUACCUUCUUUGCAAUGGAUGUUAUCUGCAGGUACUGGCCCUACCUAAGCAAGGUGGCUGAUAAUUUCACUGAUAUGCAGCCGUUGAUGGAAAUGAAGCCAUUUCUGAGUGUCAUGCAUGCCAAAGCGCACACAGCAAAAUGCGAGGUGAGAUGGGGUGGCAGGAAUCAGGAUGGAGCAGGGAACACUGUCGGAGAGGAAGUUGAGCAGGUAAACAGCUUCCUCUCCAGGGCAGCUCUUGUCACUAAAUACAUGACAAAGGCAGGGAGAGAAAAUAUGCUCACUCAACAGGCCAUGGGGUGGAACAAAAAAAAGACAGCAAACCUUCACAAGGUCUUGGCCAACAGAUACAUCAAGAUCUCAGAGAGGGCAAAGCUGGAAGCUGCCAGCUUCAGUGAUUUCCGCCAGAGGAAUGGCAUCACUGAACAAACAGCACAGCAGUGGGUGUGUGAUGUUCAGGAGUGGGCAAUCACAGAGCCAGGUAGCACAACACAACAGGGAGCAACAGAGGAUCUCAGGGCUGAGAUAGAAAGUAUCAUAGUGGCCCUGCUACGCAAGAAGCAGGACCUCUAUCGUCAGCAUGAUAGCAACCAGACCAGACAAAGAAAGAGAAGAAAAAUAAGAGAAUUAAAAAACAAACUAAGACAAAAGAUUGGACUCUACAAUACUAUUGCAGAGGAUACGAUUGAUGGGGAAUUGGCUUCCAAUUUGACAGAGGACUACAUCCUGCCUUGGGAGAGAAGUGAGGAUGGCCACUCCUUCAGAUUAAAACGGUCUGUUUUUGACCAAACAAUGCUAAUUAGACGGCUUGAGGAGGAGCAGAGCAUCCUUGUGAAGGAGAUGUCUCAGCACAUCACGUCUCUACGAAAGGAGUUAAAGGCAGUGGAUAAGCUUCAAGAGAACAUCAGAAUGGGCUAUUUUGGUGACAUGUCAGAGGAUGCUGCAUCUGGUUGGAAAAGUGUCCUCAUGCGGAGGUCCUCCAUACUGGGGAGUUUAUUCCAAAAUGCUGUGAGCACGUACAGUGCUAUAGUUGACGACCUCCAGAUACAGGACACAGAAUGCAGUACGGACACUGAUGACGAGUAUGACCUUAGUAGUCCAGAGUCAGAAGAUUAGGAAAGAGACCACUCUAUGUUUUGUUUUUAAAAUCUGUCAACUUUGUGUUUCAUUUUCCAUUUUCCUUUUUUUUUUUUUUUUUUUUAGCCCAAUCCCACUCAUAGGGUCUCAUUCAUGAAACGUUCGUAAAUAUACAAGUAAAUAUGUGAGUGAUUUGUGCAUAAAGAGACAUUGCAGAAAAUUCUUCUCCUGAUUCACAACUACUUUGAAAACGUCAGAUUACACAGAAGUGUGUGUGUGUUAAUGAAUUCCAAUAUGUUGUAAAUUGGACGUGCGUGCACGCUCAUUCUCUCAAUUACCAUAAAUCCUGCCGAUUAAAACCGACUGACAACUAUAUAUGGGCAUCAUAUUAUGACACCAAAGGAAGGAUUUCAAUGUCAUCUCAAAAGCGUUUUAUUAUCAGAAGUUUAUUCAAAACGCCACAUUUUAUUUUCAAGCGUACAUAGUGGUGUAUCGGGUCCUAAAAAAAAGGAUUUUUUGAGGUAAUAAUACUUUUACUUAAGUGCUUUAGGUAAAAAUGCUUGGCAGCACAUUACAGAUGUAGUUAAUGUAGUUUCAUCUGUUAAUCGAACAGUCCCAGAAGUUAAAAGAAAAUGGUUCUACAUGAAGCUUGGCUGCAACACUUGUGACUUGCAGACUAGU